UCCGUGCUCCUGCGGCUUCUCUGCGCCUCGGCUCGCUCCCCUCCCACCCACCCCACACCAGUGCGGAUGCUGUAGAUCAACAGGUUCGGGGGAACUUGAGCGGAAUCAGGCGAGCACAACCUGUGCCGCAAGCCGGGAGCCGAAGGCUUGGAAGGAAGGAAGGACACACGGACUUGUAGCUUGGCUGGCUGGCUGGCUGCUGGCUCGGCGCCGGAGCAGAGAAGCUGCGCUCCGGGGAGGUGCUCCAAGCUGGCGCGCACCCACCCUGCUCUCGCCUCUCCCGUCCGGCUGCUCUUGCCCCCAGCACCGCGAUCUGGGAUGUACCUUUCCAUCUGUUGCUGCUUCCUCCUCUGGGCCCCUGCCCUGACGCUCAAGAACCUCAACUACUCCGUGCCGGAGGAGCAGGGGGCCGGCACGGUCAUCGGGAACAUCGGCAAAGAUGCUCGGUUGCAGCCGGGGCUUGCUCCCGCGGAGCGCGGCGGCGGCGGCGGCGGCGGCGGGCGAGGCAAAUCGGGCAGCUUCCGAGUGUUGGAGAACUCGGCACCUCACCUGCUGGACGUGGACGCCGACAGCGGGCUCCUCUACACCAAGCAACGCAUCGACCGCGAGUCCCUGUGCCGCCACAACGCCAAGUGCCAGCUGUCCCUCGAGGUGUUCGCCAACGACAAGGAGAUCUGCAUGAUCAAGGUGGAGAUCCAAGACAUCAACGACAACGCGCCCUCUUUCCCUUCGGAUCAGAUCGAGAUGGACAUUUCCGAAAACGCCGCCCCGGGGACCCGGUUCCCCCUCACCAGCGCGCAUGACCCGGACGCGGGCGAAAACGGGCUCCGCACUUAUGUGCUCACUCGCGACGAUCACGGCCUCUUUGCCUUGGAUGUCAAGUCCCGCGGAGACGGCACCAAGUUCCCAGAGCUGGUCAUCCAGAAGGCGCUGGAUCGGGAGCAGCAGAACCAUCACACGCUCGUGCUGACCGCCUUGGACGGCGGCGAGCCUCCCCGUUCCGCCACGGUCCAGAUCAACGUCAAAGUGAUCGACUCCAACGACAACAGUCCGGUCUUCGAGGCGCCCUCCUAUAUGGUCGAACUCCCCGAGAACGCUCCCCUGGGCACCGUGGUCAUCGACCUGAACGCCACCGACGCCGACGAGGGUCCCAACGGAGAAGUGCUGUAUUCGUUCAGCAGCUACGUGCCGGACCGCGUGCGGGAGCUCUUCUCCAUCGACCCCAAGACGGGCCUGAUCCGCGUGAAAGGGAAUUUAGACUACGAGGAGAACGGGAUGCUGGAGAUCGACGUGCAGGCCCGCGACCUGGGGCCCAACCCCAUCCCGGCGCACUGCAAGGUCACGGUCAAGCUCAUCGACCGCAACGACAACGCGCCGUCGAUCGGGUUCGUCUCCGUGCGCCAGGGGGCGCUGAGCGAAGCCGCCCCGCCUGGCACUGUCAUCGCCCUGGUGCGGGUCACUGACCGCGACUCGGGGAAGAACGGCCAGCUGCAGUGUCGGGUCCUGGGCGGAGGAGGGACGGGUGGAGGCGGCGGCGGAGGAGGUUUGAGCGGAUCGGCGGGCUCCGUCCCCUUCAAACUCGAGGAGAACUACGACAACUUCUACACCGUGGUGACCGACCGGCCCCUGGACCGAGAGACUCAGGACGAGUACAAUGUCACCAUCGUGGCUCGGGACGGGGGCUCGCCGCCGCUCAACUCCACCAAGUCCUUCGCGGUGAAGAUCUUGGACGAGAACGACAACCCGCCCCGGUUCACCAAGGGGCUCUACGUGCUGCAGGUGCACGAGAACAACAUUCCAGGAGAGUAUCUGGGUUCCGUGCUCGCCCAGGACCCCGACCUGGGUCAGAACGGCACCGUGUCCUACUCCAUCCUGCCCUCCCAUAUCGGCGACGUGUCCAUCUACACCUACGUGUCUGUGAACCCCACCAACGGGGCGAUCUAUGCCCUGCGCUCUUUUAACUACGAACAGACCAAGGCUUUUGAGUUCAAGGUGCUCGCGAAGGACUCGGGGGCCCCCGCGCACCUGGAGAGCAACGCCACGGUCAGGGUCACGGUGCUAGACGUGAAUGACAACGCUCCCGUGAUCGUCCUGCCCACGCUGCAGAACGACACGGCUGAGCUGCAGGUGCCCCGCAACGCCGGCCUGGGCUACCUGGUGAGCACCGUGCGCGCCCUGGACAGCGAUUUUGGAGAGAGCGGACGCCUCACCUACGAGAUCGUAGACGGCAACGACGACCACCUGUUUGAAAUCGACCCCGCCAGCGGCGAGAUCCGCACCCAGCACCCUUACUGGGAGGACGUGACGCCCGUGGUGGAGCUGGUGGUGAAGGUGACUGACCACGGCAAGCCCACCCUCUCCGCCGUGGCUAAACUCAUCAUCCGCUCAGUGAGUGGCUCCCUGCCCGAGGGGGUGCCCCGGGUGAACGGCGAGCAGCACCAGUGGGACAUGUCGCUGCCACUGAUCGUGACUCUGAGUACCAUUUCCAUCAUCCUCCUAGCGGCCAUGAUCACCAUCGCCGUCAAGUGCAAGCGCGAGAACAAGGAAAUCCGCACUUACAACUGCCGCAUCGCUGAGUACAGCCACCCCCAGCUGGGCGGGGGCAAGGGCAAGAAGAAGAAAAUCAAUAAAAAUGAUAUCAUGCUGGUGCAGAGUGAAGUGGAGGAGAGGAACGCAAUGAAUGUCAUGAACGUGGUGAGCAGCCCUUCCCUGGCCACCUCCCCCAUGUACUUUGACUACCAGACCCGCCUGCCCCUCAGCUCUCCCAGGUCAGAGGUGAUGUAUCUGAAACCUGCCUCCAACAACCUGACUGUCCCCCAGGGCCACGCGGGUUGUCACACCAGCUUCACUGGACAAGGAACUAAUGCGAGCGAGACCCCCACCACCCGGAUGUCCAUUAUACAGACAGACAAUUUUCCCGCAGAGCCCAAUUACAUGGGCAGCAGGCAGCAGUUUGUUCAAAGUAGCUCCACGUUUAAGGAUCCAGAAAGAGCCAGCCUGAGAGACAGUGGGCACGGGGACAGUGAUCAGGCUGACAGUGACCAAGACACUAACAAAGGCUCCUGCUGUGACAUGUCUGUUAGGGAGGCACUCAAGAUGAAAACUACUUCAACUAAAAGCCAACCACUUGAACAAGCAUUCCCGACUUUGCUUUCCUUUGCUAUCCUCACCCUACACACCAUCACAAGUAGACUUCAGUCUGUUGAUCUGCUUCCUCCAGAACCAGAAGAGUGUGUUAAUUGCACAGAUGAAUGCCGAGUGCUUGGUCAUUCUGAUAGGUGUUGGAUGCCACAGUUCCCUGCAGCCAAUCAGGCUGAAAAUGCAGAUUACCGCACAAAUCUCUUUGUACCCACAGUUGAAGCUAAUGUUGAGACUGAGACUUAUGAAACUGUGAAUCCCACUGGGAAAAAGACUUUUUGUACAUUUGGAAAAGACAAGCGAGAGCACACUAUUCUCAUUGCCAAUGUUAAACCUUAUUUAAAAGCCAAACGUGCCCUGAGCCCUCUCCUCCAAGAGGUCCCUUCAGCAUCAAGCAGCCCAACCAAGGCAUGCAUUGAGCCUUGCACCUCCACGAAAGGCGCUCUGGAUGGCUGUGAAGCAAAACCGGGAGCCCUGGCUGAAGCAAGCAGCCAGUACUUGCCCACUGACAGUCAGUACCUGUCACCCAGCAAGCAACCGAGAGACCCUUCCUUCAUGGCAUCAGAUCAGAUGGCCAGGGUCUUCGCAGAUGUGCAUUCUAGAGCCAGCCGGGAUUCCAGCGAAAUGGGUGCUGUUCUUGAGCAGCUAGAGCACCCCAACAGGGAUCUGGGCCGAGAAUCUGUGGAUGCAGAGGAAGUCGUGAGAGAAAUCGAUAAGCUGUUGCAGGACUGUCGGGGAAAUGACCCUGUGGCUGUGAGGAAGUGAAAAAAAAAAAAAAGCAUUGGCUUUUUCUUAUUUCUUCUGUCGAUUUAAAAAAUGAUCCCUUCUGGUGAGAACUCAUUUUACAGGGAUGAAGAAAGACCAAUGCUGCUUUAAGGCUUUUAGUGAACAUCUGAAGUGCCCACAAGUAUGUUCUUUUCACUGCUGUUUCUUUUUCAGAGAUAACAAUGGUUUUAUUAUGACCAAACGUAGAUCAGGACAGAAUUAAUGAUGCUCAAAGAGAAAAAAGUGAGAAAAGAAAGAGGAGAGAAGAAAAAGGAGGAUGAGGAGGCGAAUUACCUUUUGACAAUCUGAUAGGAAGGUAUGCAGUGUGAAAACGGAAGUGUUUCUGAAUGCCCCAAGACUGUCCUCGGUGAUUUAUGCUGACUUAACUGUUUACCUAUAAACCCCAUACAAAGCAGGGUCAGAAUUUGUCAUCUGUGGUGGAUUUCUAGCUGACAUCACAGGCUUCUACUGAAAAAUCCUGAAAAGACCUUGCAGUAGUCCAAGCUACACCAAACAUUAACAUAUAUUUGUGGUAAACAUUUCUGUAUAAAGUUACCUGCCACACACACAUAGAAACAUAAAGAACAUUCCGUAUCAUUAGUCGGGAAAAAAUUUUUAAAACUUGGUCAUUUGUAAGGCACCUCAUGUCGUAUAAAAGUUAAAUGUAAAAAUAUAUAGUCCAUUUGUCCUGCACACACAUAGACUUAAUUCAUAUCAUCAAAGGAGAAGAAAUUUAAAGGUUUAAAAUGACUCCAGCAUUUUAGUGUCCUACAACAUAUCAAUAAUAUCCAUUAAAUUUGACCUAAACAAGUCUUGGAAAAAAUAAUAUUUGAGUGAUAACAUGCAGAGAAAAUUAAUAUGAUUAAUAUGUUGUAUUUAUUUGUGGACACUAAAAUAGCUCAGGAAAGUGAAAAUGUCUUAGACAUACACAAAUCACAUGACCAUUUAAAUGUGCAAAUGUAAGAAGAUUCAAUGUGUUUACAUCAAAUGACAUAUUUUUAUUGAUUUAUUGCAGAUUCAGUGCAUAUGAGCCAAAUUGUUGAGUGUAUAAGAGCUAUAUUGUGUAUUUUAUUAAAUUAAUAUAUAGUUGUGUUGCAAAAAUAUUUGGGCUUAUAUUGUAAAUGGCAAGUGUUGCCUCGGUAGCUGUCGAACUCUAUGAGUUUUGUUUUUUCCUGCUUCCUUUUCCCCAUGGAGUGUGGGAAGCAGUGCCUCAGAGCAAAGUCUCUUGUUUAAUGUAUAGUCUACCAAGUACUACAGUACAUAAUCUGUUCAAAAUGUGUUUGAGUGAGCUGAUGGAGCUAACUGAAAGGUCAAAAAAUACAUCCAUCAGUCAUGGUUAUGUGCAAGUCCUUGUAGAAGCUUUUAUUAAAGUCAUGCUAAAUCACAAAAAUUACAUUUGUACCAGUACCUGAAACUUCACAUUUUUUCCAAUAACAUGCAGCUUCUGCCUGUGUAGAUUAUCAUGCCAUUGAUUGGUUCUCAAAAGUAUCUUAACUGGUUCAAGAUGCGUGUUCCCAUUAUAUUUCAAAACCAUGAAAAAUGCUUUAAUGCAUGUGUGGUACCAGCACUGGUUACUUGCAUUGUGUAGUGUUUUUCAAGAGGACUGGGUAUUAACGAAAUGUUUUUCCUUUUCCUCUACUAAAGAUCUUCUGCCUCUUUCACCUAGUGUUCUUUGAGAACAAUGCACCUCCUAUUCUUUCAUUUAGUUACACCUUUUCUUGUGACAUUUAGCAGGUUUCAAACUUACUUCCAUCUGAGGCUAGGAAACCUCAAAUUUCAGGAUUUGGGAAAAAUAAAAUUAGCACUUGCAGAAGUAGCAGCAGAUGGGAAAAUGCCUUGAUUGACAUUUUCCUUCAGCGUUUAAAAUUUUUGGCAUUUUACAGCUUCAUGACAAAUAGUUUCCAGCCCAUACCUUAGAAAAUGUGGUGCUGAGUUAAAUAAAGGCUGUUUGUGCACUGGAGCAGAAAACUGCGUUAUUUGCAAACUGGUGGAGAAUUCUGUGCCUUCUUUUCUGGCCACCAAGCCAGUGUAGAAACAGCAUAAAUGUCAUAAAAAUCUUACAUUAAAAAUACAAGCAAACACAAACACUAAACUGAAUUAUGUUUUGUAAUUUAAAACCUCAAAAAAAUUCUACUGAAAGUAUUUCUGUCAAAAUGUUGUCAAGGUUUGAGACUGUACCUCGUUUGCAAAAUUGUUUUGAAAGGGAAAGUGGACAACUCCCAUCAGCCUUAUUCUCUCGAGGACUGUAUUUGGUUGCUAGUAACAGCCUUUCCAAAGUUUUCCUCUUGGUUUUUAUUCUCCGUAAAUGUUUAAAUUAGAAAAGGACGGAUCUUGUACAUGUGAAACCUAAUUGACUCUAUAUUUUGGACAAUUUAUGUAACUGAAAUGUGUUGUCUAUGUUAAAUGAUGUUAUUUUUUUUUUUUUUUUUUUUUGCCAGGAGACUACAGGUUGACUUAGCUUGAUAGCUAAACUUGGAUGGAUUCUGAUUUUCAUUUAUUCUUAUCAAGUGUUGCCGCUCUCUUACUAGACAGAUAACCAGUUAGUCAAGUCUAAGGCAGUAAGUAAAUAAAAUCCACAAGGAGAGUAGGGCUUAUUUUUUAAAACAGACUUAAUGCUGAGUAACCAGUUGUUCAAUUUAUUAUAUGUGUCUGGAGACAUUAAAACAUUAUUAAGAUUUUAAGAAUUGGUUGUGCCAACGUGUAAGGGAUUUACCUUAGGCUCUGUGUCACCAGUGAUUAACUAGAAUUAGAUGUUUAACACAUUAUCGGUAUUUAGUAGUGAUUAUUUAUUUACAUGUUGGUGGUAAUUCAGCACUCAUGACUCAAAGCUUUUCUAUUGAGUUGAGGGAAUUUUGCUUUUAUUCAUUUGGCUGGCAACUGCCUUUGUCACAGACCUCUGGUGCUUGGCUUCCAAGGAAGUCUAUGAGAUGCCAAAAUCACCCCCUUUGGGGAGCAACUUGCACUAAAGGGUAAUGCAUGAUCAGACAGUGAUAUUUCAAGGGGUUUCAGCAUAAUUCAGAAUGUGAACAUUUUUUCUUAGUUCACAUCCUUCAAAUAAUAAUCUCUAAAAGAAAGUCUACACAUUUGAAAUAAAAAUUGAUUUUUUUUGCCUUUUAUGUUCUUAUGUAACUGAAGUCAAGCACAGAAAAUUUAUAGAAGUUUUAAUAAGAAAGUCAAGGUUCUAAAAAUUGUUUACUGAUGAAAUAAAAUAUUGAUGAUGAAACAAUCUUUUUAUUGCCAGUGAUGAAAGAUCUUUUCAUCAAAAUUAAAAGUAGUGAGGAUCAGUGUUAGUUAUACCUAUACCAAAGUAAACAUUAAAGAGGCAUAUCAUGCAAUUCCAAGAAUGUUUUUAUAUUAUUUCUUCAACUGACUUACUUAUCCUUCUGUCAGGCAACUUAUAGAGAUUGGCUCACUACUCCAUAAAUUAAUUCAAUUCCUGGUUAGGAAAUCACCUUAUUUUUUUUUCCCAAAUUAGCUGAGAUCUUGUAAAACACGACUUCCCUCUAAAGGAUUGAGGCACUGCUUAAUUAAAAAAAUGACACCAUAAGAAACAGUCAUGUAAUCAUAGAGCAGUAUGCUUUGUUAGAACCAGGUUAAAAGCUGUUUGUUGCCUAAUGGGGUAGAAGUUUCUGAGGUCAAUAAGUAGACCGAGGUUUGGCAUAAUAUAUGCCCACUCAUUACUGUCUAAUUAUAUUUUUUUGACAACAGACAGCAUUUACCAGAACAUUAAUUCAAAUGAGACUUUUGGCUAUCAAGAUGUGUUGAUUGAAAACAUAAUUGAAUGAGACCUGAUUAAAGUCUGAAUUUCCUGGUCCCAGUGUUUUGCAGGUUGGCUAUUCCCAUUUAUCAGCCCCAUCACUCCAUAAGGUUCUUAGCUGCACCAAGUGAUUGGUGAACAAGGACAACAACAAAAGCAGCAUACAUUGUAUGGAUUUAUCUCAAUGCUAUUGUUUAAUGGCUGUGUUUAAUGUGACCUAUCUGGAAAAUGAGGACUCCGAAUAAAAAGCUAUUACUAAUA